ACCUUCCAUCUCCAUCCACAAUGGGUCCGCAAAGAGACCGAAGCGUCUAUCAUCUUCAAUGGGUGUGUUUAGUAGGCGGAAAUGUUAGGACAGCUUUGUCACUUUUGUUGAAGUAGCCAUAGACAUCUGUUCCGCUUUAUCUCCACAACCAGCCUUGAACACAUUCCUACUGCGUAUCAUGCAGCGUAGAUAUAUUGUUUACGGAGCACACAAAUAGGACAUCAUAUUAUUCCGUCUCUCAGCGCUGAUGAGCCAAGGUCAAAAAUGGCUCCUCUUAUCACUCUUGCCACGUGUGCGCUGAACCAAUGGAGUCUGGACUUUGAAGGCAAUUUGAGGAGGAUCAAGCAGAGUAUCCUCCAAGCCAAGGAGGCCGGCGCAACUCUGCGAGUCGGUCCCGAACUGGAAAUUCCGGGCUACGGUUGUCUGGACCACUUCCUCGAGAACGAGGUCUACGAGCACUCACUAGACUCGCUCUAUUCCAUCUUGACGGAUCCCUCCCUGCACGGCAUCAUCAUCGACGUCGGUCUCCCCCUCCUCCACCGGAACUGCAGGUACAACGCUCGCGCCAUCAUCCUGGACGGCAAGAUUCUCUGCCUGCGGCCCAAGCUGUACCUCGCCAACGAUGGGAACUUCCGCGAGAUGCGCUUCUUCGCGCCUUGGAACAGGCCGCGCCAUGUCGAGCAGUAUCAUCUCCCGCCGCUGUUCCAGAAGCACCAGGGUCGUCGUCAUGUCCCCAUUGGCGAUGUCGUCCUGUCCACCCUCGACACUUGUCUUGCCGCCGAGACGUGCGAGGAGCUGUUCACGCCGAAUAGCCCUCAUAUUGACAUGGGCCUGAAUGGCGUCGAGAUCUUCACAAACAGCAGCGGGAGUCACCACUCGCUCCGAAAGCUUGACCAACGCAUUGCUCUGAUCCAGGAGGCCACCCGUAAAAACGGAGGCAUUUAUUUAUAUAGCAACCAACUUGGAUGUGACGGCGACAGAUUGUACUACGACGGCUGUGCCAUGAUCUUCGUCAACGGCAAUCUCGUCGGCCAAUCGAGCCAAUUCUCCCUCAACGAAGUCGAGCUCGUCGUCGCCACCGUCGACCUCGAAGAAGUGCGAACCCACCGCUUCGCCCCCUCGCGCAACCUCCAAGCCGUAGCAGCCCCCGAAUACCAGCGCAUCGAGGUCGACUUCUCCCUCUCCCGCGACGACCCCGACGUGAUCGAGCUCGAGUUCCCGACAGCCCCGCGCCCUCCGCGCUACCACCUCCCCGAGGAGGAGAUCGCCCUGGGCCCCGCCUGCUGGCUGUGGGACUACCUCCGCCGGUCCAAGGCCGCCGGCUACUUCGUGCCCCUCUCCGGCGGCAUCGACAGCUGCGCUACCGCGACCAUCGUCUACUCCAUGUGUCGCCUCGUCGUCGCCGCCAUCAAGGAGGGCAACGAGCAGGUCAUCGCCGACGUGAGGCGUAUCGCCGCUUUCUCCCCGGACCACCUCCCCGAGACGGCCGAGGCGCUUUGCAACCAGAUCUUCUGCACUUGUUACAUGGGGAUGGAGAAUCAGAGCAGCAAGGAGACGCGGCAGCGGGCGAAGGACCUUUCUGAGAGGAUCGGGUCGUACCACACAGAUGUCAAUAUCGACGAUACUUUUCAUGCCACGAAGAAUAUUCUGACCCAGGCCACUGGGUUCGAGCCGAAAUUCAAGGUCCACGGCGGCUCUUCUACAUCGAACCUAGCUCUACAGAACAUCCAGGCGAGAUCCAGGAUGGUGAUUGCCUACUACUUCGCUCAGGAACUAUGUGAGGUCCGGGGGCGACCUGGGGGCGGCUCUCUCCUGGUCCUCGGGAGUUCCAACGUGGACGAAUGUCUGCGCGGAUACUUGACGAAAUACGACUGCUCAUCUGCGGACAUUAACCCCAUCGGCAGCAUAAGCAAAGUCGAUCUCAAGAGGUUCAUAGCCUGGGCCGCGAAGAACUUCGACAUGCCCAUCCUCGAGGACUUCAUCCAUGCCACGCCUACCGCGGAACUUGAACCCAUCACGGCCGACUACGUUCAGAGCGACGAGGUCGACAUGGGCAUGAGUUACCAGCAGCUCUCCCGCUUCGGCUACCUUAGGAAAGUGAACCGCCUCGGUCCGUAUGGGAUGUUCCUUCGUCUCCUGGAGGAAUGGGGUGGUGAGGGUGGACUCGGCCCUCGCGAGAUUGCCGACAAGGUCAAACGAUUCCACCAUUACUACCAGAUCAACCGCCACAAGCAGACCGUCGCGACCCCGUCGUACCACGCCGAAGAUUAUAGCCCGGACGACCACAGGUUCGACCUGCGCCCGUUCGUCUACCCCCCAGCCUUCGCGAGCUGGUCGUUCGAGAAGAUCGAUCGCCGGGUGGCGGCACUGGAAAAGAAAGCCAAGGCGGAUACGGAGAACAAGUCAUAGAAAAAAACAUAAGAGAUAGACGAGGCGGUACCGCGAGGUGUAGGGG